CCUCGAGAAAUUUGUUUGAAAACCUCCUUUUUUUUCAACUACAAAUCGUGAUAGUAAAAAUGGGUCGCGCAAGUAAUAACGGAAAUCUCAUCGGUUCUACAACAACCCAAACACUUCCUCUUACUACAAAUUCAACGGUUAGGAUAGCAACCACAACAAAUUUACCAUUAAUUCAAGAUCAAAUUCAACCUUUAUCAACUUCAAACAUUUUAAAACCUUCAAAUCAAAUUCCUAUUAUCUCUAAUAAUUAUCGAAAUUAUCCUCUUCCUUCUGAAAAUUUAACAAAUAAUAAUACUUUAAUAUCGACAACAAAUGUUAUUCUUGAUUAUCUUUUAUCUGUAUCAAUUAAUGCUAGAAUUGAUCAAACUAAGAAUGAUUUAAAAAAAUUUGAUGAUGGUCAACAACAAUCUUUUCAUAUUAAGAAAGGUCAAGGUGUUGAAGCUAUAGUUGAAGGUUUAUUACAAUCUCAUCGAACUCAAGCUUCUUCCGUUUUAUUACCUUUACCUCUUAAACAUAGAUUAUAUUUAUGUCAAUUAUUACAUUUAGUUUUUGAUCGAUCUCAUAUUGCAUCUCCUUCAUCUCAUGUCUCUCACAACUUCUUAAAUACUUCAAAUACCCAAAAAUCUAAUCAACCUCCAAAAUUAUCAAAUACAACGACAAAUAUACCUACUACAACCUCGACGUCACCUUUACGUAAUAAUUCAACUCAAAAAUCUCACAAAUUACCACCAAAUCUUGUUAAAUAUGAGAAACAUUUUAAAAACGCUUUAUUAUCAAGAUGUAGAAAACAUCGACAAAGUAUAUGUAUAGCAUGUCAACAACAUCCAAGUAAUUCAAGUAUAACCCCUCCAAUGACAAGGAGGCGCAGUACCCCCCCUAAACCCAUUCCAUCACGUCGAACUGCUCCAGGUUUAAUUGAUGCAAUCCCUGUAUUUCUUAAUACAUGUGCAAUAACAUAUCGUUUGGAUAAUAAUAAUGGAUCAACUGUUAAACCAAUAUGGUAUGAUCUAUUAUUGGACUUGUUAACACAAUCCGCGAUAGAAUGUUAUCUUUGUGAUUCUUAUAGUUCACUUGAUGCUUUAUUGGAAAUAUUUUCGUAUGGUAAUAUUGAUCCAUCAGAUUAUCAUUCGGAUGAUUCAGAAAGUGAUGAUGAUGAUGAUCCUCACUUUGCUGCUACCCGUGCUGAUGAUUAUUUACUAUGGCAACGUACCGCAUAUUUAGAUGAAUUUCGUCAAAAGAAAAAGGACAGAAUGGAAGAAGUAUGUUAA